AUGGCGCAGGAUGGUCUCUCGGAUUUGGUCAUCGUCGGCAAUGACCACUCAACCCGGGAGGACCUCGUUUGUUUGUCAAAAACGUGCAGCUCCUUUCUCGACGCGACCAGAGACCUUGUCGCCAACUGGAUCGCGGUGAUCCGCACAGAAGAGGACACUCACCGGCUUGCGACGAAGAUCCGUAGCGAUCUCAGGUUCGCGCAGAGGGUCCGCGAGGUUCGCGUCAUGCCCCUUGAGCAAGGCAUCCUUCCAGCCGCAGUUCAGAUGGACAUCGUCAACGUCGUUGUCCAACUUCCUGAACUAGUCACACUGCGACUUUUCGUCCAAUACUCUGUGCUACUGGAUCAACUUUCCACGCGACAUCUUCCCCAGUUGAAAUGCCUUGGCAUCUCCGAUAUCGCCCCUUUCUACGCUUUCCUCCAACAUAAUCCCCAUAUCGAAGAGCUUGAGGUACCGGAUGACACCCGGCUCCAUUCCUCAACCACGACCCUACCAUCGGUCCGCGUCCUGACCUGCUCAGUCUCCGUGCUAUCCAAUUUAACUGCAGGCAUCCGAGUCAACCUCUGGACCCCCCCUCCUUUGCACACCUACAGAUCGCGCGCACCAUGCGGGGCCCUAACCCACCUCCACCUCACGAGGACACUGUGCUGCACCCUUGUGGACGUCCUCAUCACGCUCGGACCGCAGCUCGUCGGCCUCCGCAUGACGGAGCCUCCCCCGUUUGGGUCCAUAACCGAAGAGGUGUUCCCGUUCUCCCUCGUUAUCCUCUAUGCGCCCCGGCUCCGGUACCUGGAGUGCGAGCUGCGCGAGAGUCAGCGGUGGCGCGUGCGGUCCUGGCCCCCCAAACUCGAGCUCGACUCGCCCGCAGUCCGCGACCGCGCUUCGGUCCCGGCGCGUGAAGCGGGCGAGCCCCUGACGGUCGCCUGGUGCCUCUCUGACGCCCUUGGCGUAGCGCUCAAGGCUGGGGAACUGCACGGGUUCCGCCGGAGGUGCGAGGCACGCGCGCUCGCGCUGUUGCGGAGCGAGGCAUCGCGCGUCGGGUGCGUCUUGUACGGGCGUGGGGUGCCGACCGAGAAGGCGACGCUGAGCAAGCGCGGGCGACGGCUGGUGAAGGAACGGCUUACGGACGUACGGAGGGAUCGUUGGAAGACGGCCUGA